AGCUGCAGCCGAGCAGGCUGGCUCGGAGAGGAGCCCCCGGCAGGGAGGGGAGGAGUAGGGCAGGGCAGGGGGGUGGUAAACAGUACACUGGGCCAGUCAGGGAAAGGAGAGAAGAAGAAAAACAGGAGACAAAAAGAGGAAAAGGGGUGAAGAGAAGUAAGAAGUAAAGAAACAGAAAAUUCUAGGUUUGAAGGAAGAGUAAGCCACUGUGCUUGAGGAAGGAAGACGGGAGGAAGCAUGGGGUCAGAGAAGAGUCAAGCGGGGUCUAGUGGAGGGCAGAAGAAGGCCAAGCCUGAUCGAGGAGGCCUAGACUCCGAGGGAAGCCACACAUGCUGCGGCUGCCGCUUCCCGCUGCUCAUCGCCCUGCUGCAGCUGUUACUGGGCAUCGCCAUCACGGUCGUGGCCUUCCUCAUGACCACCAUCAGCCCCUCUCUGCUGGCCAGGGAGACACCCCAUUGGGCUGGAAUCAUUUUGUGCGUUGUAUCUGUCCUGGGCUUUGUGCUCUAUUUCAUCACCUAUCUGCCUGAUGAGAGGACCUACACACAAUUCAUCAUAAAGCUUGUGUACUUCCUCCUGUGUUCAGUGGGGCUAAUCAUCUCCAUUAUAGUCAUCGCCUUCCAGGGCCACCACUACUCUUUGACCAAUGGCUUCAUAUGCAGGGAGAUACGUGAGGAUUGUAUCUGCACACUAGAGCCAGAGGACCCCAUCGCGCGCACCUUCACCUACGCUGAGGUGACAGACUGCACUGCCGUUACAAGCACUCUCAUGCUGUACUACCUGCUGCAGAUGGUGUUGAACCUGUCUCAGGCCAUUGUCUGCUUGCUAGGAGCUUUCAUCAUGUGGAAGCACCGCUAUCAGGUGUUCUUUGUGGGCUUGCAGUUGGCUUCACCCUCCACUCAGCAAUGGCAGAAAGUUUAAGAGCAGGGCAGGGACAGCGGCUUGGCACUGGGAGAAGGGACGAAAAGUUCUCCUGGGAGCAAAACAUGUGGAGCAGUUGAGUGUGUUGAGGGAAAGUCCACAGCAUGUCUAUUUGUGUGAGUGUACAGCUGAAGAUACAUUUUGCAUGGCGUAGCAGUAACAUACUGUACAGUGGUGGCAAAUUACAGUUUUCUGUCCUUUUUUAGGGCUCCUGUAUUUUUCUGUAUUGGCGUCUGGACAUUUCCACUAAUAUAAAUGUAUACUUGCUUUUGCCAGUGCCAAGAAGGAUAUUCUUAUCUAACAGGCUGUAUGUGCGAUCCAAUAGGACAGCUGUCAUUCUGGGAGAGCUAAAUAGCCACUCUGUUUGCAUAGGAUUUGCAUAUCAGACUUAUGGACUUAAUAGUUAGCAGUUAUAUGACAAAUCCCCACUGUUACCUUCUCAACAAAAAAGUAUUGGUAACUGUUUUACGUCUGAAUAUGUCGUUUUUUAAUCCGCUUGUUUUCCUUAAGGCAGUGGUGCUUAAAAAGGGGUCUGUGAUGUAUAGCCAGAGGAUCCUCCAUUUUAUGUAAGUGUGUGAUCAUAGUAGAAAUCACUAUUAAUUUGUUAUAGUUAGCUACUAUUGUUUUAGUUUAUUAGCCCAAGUAAAAAGUCACUUGAAUUAAAUGAAACAUACUAAUGUGUUUUAAGGAAGUUGUCCAUAUCACAAUCCAAGUCUAAUCUAAUGUCAGAAUCUAACCACAGUGUUAAUAAAACAUGCGGUUUAAGUGCUGUUUAUACAGUAUAUUACAGCAUGUUUAAUCAUUUUAACAACAACAACAACAACAAACGAGACAGGGUGCAACAAGAUUGACACACCCGGGCUUAAAGUUUGUUAAAUAUUGCAAUAUUAAUACUGUAUUAUGGUUGAUUAUAAUCAUGUUUUUUUUUCACUUUUUUUAAAGCAGCUGCCCUUUAUAUUUUUUAUAUGUUACAUUUUGAUGAAUAUAACAUUGUUUUUCUGAUAUUUGCAUACUUUUUGUAUUUUUCUAUGCUCAAAAACAUCAUUUAAUAUCUUCCAUUGUGUAGCAGUCAAACCCAGACUGUCCUUAGUUUGCUUUAGUUACAAUCAUUGCUUAGACUGUCUUAUUGGCAAUAAUAAGUAUAAGAUCGCUAACAAAAAUAGUCCUGCACACAGACAGACAGUUGUAAAUCAUGUCCAGUAAAAGGACAGGCUUGUGGUCUGAAGUCUUUGCUUGCACAGUGGAUAAACAGCAGUGCUACUGUCAGCAGCAGAGAGACUGGGGGUCAGAGACGGGGGGUCAGAGGGGGUACUCAGACACACAGCGGGUCACUGCCUGAUCAUUAUAACUUGUUUUACACUAAUGUUCUUGUUACAUAUAUAACAAAUAUAGUAUUGACAAGUUUAAACACCCUAUCAUGUAACAAACUUCUGAAGAGUACUAUAUAUUCAAUGAUUCGUACCAGUACAGCAGUUAUACAGACUGUUUCUGCAAACAAUGCUCAGAGUGUAUGAUUUUUGAAGUUUGGCACUUUGAACACAGGUUGAGAGAGGUGUACUUACAAUGUGUGCUACAUGCUACAUGCCUGAGGUAAAAAAAAAAAAAAAAAAAAAAAAGCUCCCAAAUCUUGCCUGUGACUCAUCAUCCCUUAAUAAUAGCCAUCUCUAUUUCUCUGAGUGUUCAUAGGACAAAAAUAGGGCAAUAUGUAUAGGUCUCAGUUAUGCCCUAAGGUAUAAUAACAUAUCAAGGCAAUAUAAUGACUGGGACAUAAUAGUCCCCUUCAUUUGCACAAUUGCACUCGCAGUACGGCAUAAGAGUUGUAAAGCCAAUACAUGUUGUGACAAUUGUGCAUACACAGCUAUAAUAUUAAAACAAAAGCCGUUAAAUCUGGGGUGAAACAAGGCCUGAUAUAGUUGUAGUGGGUUCUCCAGUAUGGGACACUCAGCAGGCCAUUCUUCUGUGUAACACUGAGUCAAA